AUGCUGUCUCGCGAGCAUACUGCUGCAUCCAGCGGUAUAAACUGGGCCACGACGGAAGCCCUGAGGCCAAUGAGCCUCCAUGCAGCCCCACAUCGAUAUUCGGGCACAAAUAUCGAAGGAAGAGAUAGGAGCAAGCAGGGAAACCAUGGCUGGGGCCCUAGGAGGCCACCGUUUGGACACCCAAAGCGCCUCUCAGUCACCCUAGAGGUUGCCUACUCGGAGUCAGAUUCCAAACUGAAUUCUGGUCUGGCUCAAUCUAAAUGA